AUGAGUGACGAGCCACGACCGUUUCAUGUAUUCCGUUUCUUUUUAUACUUGUUAAUUAUUAUCGCAUAUCUUUUCUACUCAUCUUAUUUGAUAUAUAACAUCGUAAAUGAUAAGCCAAACUUAAAAGUUGACCAAAUCUUUUUGAAUGAAAUUGACGUCCCUGAUAUAGUAAUAUGUGGGGCAUCCCCAGAAUUAAGAAUUUUACGAUGUGACUUAAUAGCAAAUAAUGACGAGAAAACCCCAAUUGAUGGCUGUAAUAGCUAUUUACCUCCUAAUGUAAUCGAUUAUGAUAUCUAUAGAGAUCAUUGCCUCACCUUCAAAGCUAAUAAAACCAUCAAAUUUGUCAAACCAAACAGUGGCAUAGAUGGUUUGCAAAAGAUUGGCUUUUAUUUCUAUGAUAAUACGACCGCUGCAGAAAUGAACACUCUUGGCAUAGCUUCACUUACCAUACAAUUAACUCCUCCCGAUUUCGAUUUUAAUUCAUUGACAAAUAUGAACAAGGCUAUUAGUCAAAUGGACAAGGCUACUCUUUCAGAGUUUAAGCUUCAAUUGAACUUUAUUGCCGGAAUGGUCAAUUAUGCUGCAGUGGUGAAGUUUAAAACGAGUACUUAUAGGUCUAUUCUUCCGAGGGAUGCUCGUGCUAUUUUUGGAUUAGAUCCAAAUUACCACGUGACGUCAAAAAUAGAAAAUUUUAUCAACUAUUUUCCUUUUAAUAAUAAUCCGCAUGAUAUACCAGUAGGAACAACUGGUUAUUUUUCUAUAGCUGCUGGAAGCUUUAUUCAAGAACAGACAAGCGAAGAACGAUCAAAUACCAUUCUUAGUGCGAUCGCAGCAGCUGGUGGCGCUUUUGGCACUAUCAUGGCGGGUAUUAUAGUAUUUUGUUUUGGUGAUUCACGUUUAAAUCCAUUGGGCUUUUUACGUAAUUCUCUUAAUAUCAGUCAAGAUUCCAAAGAAUUCUAUGAACGUAGUAGAUUUUAUUCGAAACCUGAAUUAAAAUUUUCAAAAAUUAACGACGAAGACAAGGCAUUAAUAUACAAUUUAUUACCAUCUUUAAAUCAAAGUAAUAUUGAAAAAAUGGACAAAAAUCGGAGUUGGCUUAAAAAUAGGCUUGAAAAUAAGCUUAAAAAUAAAUUCAUCAAAUUUUAUCACUGGCUAAUGAAUGUGGAAAAUAUUGAGAAAAUAUUUCAUGUAUAUGAAAAAGAUAGAGAAUACUAUAAAUUUUCAAGUAUAAAUGAAGAUGAUGGGAGAUUGCUUAACAAUGAAAUUAACAAAAUUAGAUAUGUUAUUGAUGUAUACUUGUAUGAUACUAAAUCAAAAGAUCAGAAAAAAUUAGCUGAAUAUAAAUAUGAACGAGAAUUAAAAUUUUCAGACGAUACGAAAAACGAAGAUAAAGAAUUGCAAAUAAUAAAUGAAGAUGAUCAGAAAUUGCUUAAUGCUGAAUUUCGUAAAAUUAGAAAGUUGGUUGACAAACAUUUGUUAGGUAAACCAGAUAUUGAGGAAAUAUUCGAUGUAUACAAUUUUCUUAAAAAUAAUAAUUUUUCAAAUGAUAUAAAGAGUAUGGACGAAGGAGAUACUCUUCAAAAUAAAGAUUUUUCAGAAGAUAUGGUCAAAGAUAAGAAAUUACUUAACGAUGUAUUUCAACAAAUCAGUUAUGUGAUUUUUCGUCACCUAUUAGAUAUACCAGAAGAUGAAAAAAUAUUCAAUAAAUAUAAGGAAAAUGUUCAAAUAUCAAGUUUUUCAACUAGUAUGAACAAUGGUGAUAAGAAGUUGCUUGUAGAUGAAUUUGAAUGA